CCUGAAGUGAAAGGGGGCAGUUGGGCCCUCGGGUUCCCCAAAUUCAGACUUCCAGCCCCGAGAAAGGACACGGACGGGUAGAGGUGCGGCCAGUUUCAGAUUUCACCUCACGCCACUUCCUAAGGACCCCCACCAUGGAAAAAACAAUAGAAGAUCCCCCUACAUCAGCUGUCUUGCUCGAUCGUUGUCAUUUCUCUCAGGUCAUCUUUAAUAGUGUGGAGAAGUUCUAUGUCCCUGGAGGGGACAUCACAUGCUAUUACACCUUCACCCAGCAUUUCAUCCCCCGUCGAAAGGACUGGAUUGGUAUCUUUAGAGUGGGAUGGAAGACAACCCGUGAGUAUUACACCUUCAUGUGGGUUGCUUUGCCUAGUGACAUAAACAACGAAUCAACCAAACAGCAGGAAGUCCAAUUCAAAGCUUAUUACCUGCCUAAGGAUGAUGAGUAUUACCAGUUCUGCUAUGUGGAUCAGGAUGGUGUGGUCCGGGGAGCAAGUAUCCCUUUCCAGUUCCGUCCAGAAAGUGAGGAAGACAUCCUGGUUGUUACUACUAAGGGAAAGGUGGAAGAGAUUGAGCAGCACAACAAGGAGCUUUGCAAAGAAAACCAGGAGCUGAAGGACAGCUGUGCCAGCCUCCAGAAGCAGAACUCAGACCUGCAGGCUGAGCUCCAACAGAAGCAGGAGGAACUGGAAACUCUACAGAGUAUCAAUAAGAAAUUGGAACAGAAAGUGAAAGAGCAGAAGGCCUGUUGGGAGACUGAGCUGCUUCAACUGAAAGAACAUAACCAGAAGGUAUCCUCAGAAAAUGAGAAGAUGGGAAUCAGAGUGGAUCAGCUUCAGGCCCAACUGUCAACUCAAGAGAAGGAAAUGGAGAAGCUUGUUCAGGGAGAUCAAGAUAAGGCAGAACAGUUGGAACAUCUGAAAAAGGAAAAUGGCCAACUAUUCCUCAGUUUGACUGAACAGAGGGAGCAGCAGAAGAAGCUCCAGCAGAUAGUGGAGGAUAUGAAGCAGAAAGAAACUACAACAACGAAGAAACAGCAGGAGUUAAUGGAUGAGAAUUUCGAACUGUCAAGAAGACUGAGUGAGAACAAGAUUAUAUGUGAUGUUCUGCAGAGAGAGAAAGAGAGAAUGGAAAAAGAAAAUGAUCACUUAAAGAGAGAGAACAGCAGAUUGCUGAGUUACAUGGGUCUGGAUUUUGACUCUUUGCCAUGUCAAGUGCCUACUUCAGAUCAAGGAUGUGCCGGACAAAAUCCAGGUCUUGUCUAUGGAAACCCAUAUUCUGGUAUUCAAGAAAGUUCUGCUCCUAACCUGCUCUCCAUCAAGAAAUGCUUCACCUGCAAAUCAGACUUCGCUGAUGAAAUCUGUGAUCAUACCUUGGAGCAGCAGCAAAUGCAGACCCUUUGUUUGAAUUGUCCAAUUUGUGACAAGAUCUUCCCAGCAAGAGAGAAGCAGAUCUUUGAAGACCAUGUGUUCUGCCACUCUCUUUAAGCAUCCCAGCCUUUUGGAUCUGUGCUGUACAUAGUUUAGAAUAGAACAUAUAGCUUCUACUAUGAGUUAUAUGAAUCAAGAUACUUCAUAACCUGAAAUCAUUAGGGAUUUACUUAGCCCUGCUGCCUGUAAAGGUGGAGCCAUGUUCAUUAUACAGGAUGGUGUUAAGAGCUUCUGCCUCCAUUCUUGUGAGUGACUACCUAAGUCACAUAACUCUAGCUGUAUCAGCCUCUCACCUAUAGUGCCCAUUCUUCCUUGGGACCUCUGUACAAGGGUGCCAGGUUAAGAGCUGCCCUGCCUGAAUUGAUACUAAGUGAUUGUUUUCCGAGUUUUCCCAUUGCCAUUCAAGGUUAGGCCUUGAGUGUAUCUGUCCUCAGUCUUUAGUACUAACUCUGAAGGCCUUCUCCUCAGGCCUCUUUCUCCAACUGGUCUCUUUCUCCAACUGGUUGCAUUAAACUAGCCAAAAAUGGCACAACAAGAAUUCAGAUGUUCAAUUUGAAUACCAGAGAUAUUUUAACUCCCAAAAGAAGCAUUUUAUUCCUGAAACAUGGACAGGAAAUACUAUUUCAAUCACAGAAAGCCUAUCUAUAUAACUGAUUGGCAUUUUCUGCUCUUUAAUCUUUCCUAUGCACCUAACUUUUAUUGUUGCCCUUUUUUCUCUUUCUUUCUUUUAGGUACUGGACUUGAACACAGGGGCACUCUACUAUUGAGCUAGCCACAGCCCUUUUUAUUUUGAGACAGUGCCUUGCUGAGUUGCCCAGACUGGCCUUGAACUUCCGAUUCUCCUGCCUCAGUCUCCCGAGUCACUGGGAUUACAGGCGUGUUCCACCAUACCUGCUUUAUUAUUGUCUUUCUUUAAUUAGUAGUCAUUAGAAACUACGUAGGUUUACAACUUCUAAAGAGUUGAGUUUCAGUAUGGAUGUCCAAAUAAUGAGACUACUGUUGUUAAUCUUAAUGCUAAAAAUAAAUUACUCUUCCAGGGAUUUAGGUAAUUUAAAAUAAACCUUCAGUUUAUGGUCUUUUAUUUUUAAGUUUUUGAGUUAAACAAAAGGAUUGUAGAAGACCCCACAAUUGAUUUCUCUUCACCUAUCUUAACUGUUCAGUUAGUGUCCUGGCAGUUAUGUUGAGGUGGGGAGGGAUGCAAUAAAGUAUCAGUUUGAGAAAUCUGGGGCCCUGCCUUCUUGCUCUGACUUUCCAGCAGUUUUUGAAAAGCAUUGUGGAUUUGGCAUCCUUUGUGAACUAAGUCCAAUACCCUCCAUCCAGAUUUGCCUAAUUGAACUAUAAGAAAGCAGUUCCAUUUUCUCUCCUCUUGGGAACUGAACAAAUGGAAAUGACUCCCAGGCAGUCAACCAGCUAGUCACUAUAGAGACUUUUACAAAAACUUUUGAAUGAGGUGAAACAUGAUGUAAUGCAUAAGGUUGAGCCAACUCUAUCUCUGCAUUCCUACUGGGGUUUUCCUGAUAUGAUUGGAGUCAUGCCCUGGACAAACUAUUGUCCCAAUCACAGCUACUUGGUUUGAUUUCUCCUUGAUAAAAUGAAAAUGAAGCUAUACAACCUACCUUGUAUCUUCAUUUCAGCAAGAAUUCUCUUGCACUCUUAAGCCUUUUGUCCCCUUAAGAAUCAGAUGUGACAUGAACCCAUCCCUGGCUCUACAAUAGAAAUAUAAUGGGGAUAUGGAAAUAAAGGAGUUUUUCUGGAGUAUACCCUUCCUCCCCGCAAAAUUUCUGUUGCUCCUAGAUAGUUCCAGUGAAGAAUUGCAGUUUCAUUUAUUUUGUACUACUCAGCUCUUAAUUAAGCACGUGAAUGGAGAGGAGCAGUGGUGCACAUAAUCCAAAUCAGUGAAUAUCACUUUCUGGUGAAUUACCUACCCUUUGCCCCUGCUACCCUGAGGGUUACCGUGAUCAUCAACAGCAGCAGGAGCCCUUCCAUAGACUUGGCAAAAUGAUCCUUUUUUUGCUGGGUGUAGAACAAAGCAUUUUUAACCACUGUUCAUUAUCCCCAGCUGCUCAUACCAAGGCUGUGAAGGGAAAUUAUGCUCCAGGCAGCUACUAGUGGUAAAGGAAACAAUCAUUCUUACAUAAUCCACUGCCCAACCCAGCCUCCUUCUGCUGUCCUCUCUACCCCCACGUGUUUUAUAGCUGUGAAAUACCUGCAAAAACAACAGGAAGGUAUGGGAGCAAAUAGUAUUUAUAUCUAAACCAAUUUUUUAAAAAAUCUAGUUAUUAUGGCAACAGGUUUUCCUUCCAAAUUCAUUUUCUCCCAGUCUAUUAUUAAAAUAUUUUUGCAUUCCCUCAGCAUACUUACUUGAUGAACAGUAGAAAGUCACCCUGGCACAUGUGAAUGUGAAAGUGGUAAAAGAAAGCUAGCCUACAUCAGAAAGAGUUGGCAAAAUACUUAAUAAACGUAGGCCCUAAAGAACACCUAUAGCUUUUAACCCCUUUUCUCUGGUCUCACUAAAAGUGGGAUGAAAUGCAACUGCCACAGUGUCACAUUUCAAAUAUCAUUCGAGUGAUUUUCUACCAUGGCAGUGGGUUGCACUGAGCUAAGCAUUAUCUAACCUGGUCUCCUAGCAACAGGUAGAGAUGAAACAGGUCAGGGCUAAGAUGUGCAACCCAUUACCUAGGAAAAAACCAAAGUGGACUCCAUUGGAGAUGAAACUCAAAAAGAUACCUAAUUGCCCUAAGUUAGUCAAUAAUAGGCCAUAAACUCGGGAAAGUUACACUGGUCCCAGUGCCCUCCUUAGCUAAUUUCAUAAAUAAUUCAGAUGUCUACAUUAAUGUAGUAAUUUAUAGUUUAUAAUAUAUUUCAUAUAUCCCCUGUGUACCUCACAUAAUCUUCCUAGCCAGUUAUUAAUUUUUAUUUUUAUUGAUUAAUAAAUUGAAAUAUGGAGAAAUAAUUUGCCAAAAGUGGAAACAAGCCAGGCAUGGUGGUGCACACCUGCAAUCCCAGUCGAGACUGAGGCAGGAGGAUAACAAGUUCAAGGUGAACUUAGCAAGGCCCUCAAUAAUUUAGUGAGACUCUAUCUCAAAAUAAAAAUGCUUGGGCAUGUAGUUCGGUGGUAGAACUGCCUCUGGGUUCAAUUCCCAGUACUAAAACAGCUCAAAUGUCCAUUGGCUGAUAAAUUGAUAAACAAAACGUGGUAUAUUUAAACAAUGGAAUAUUCUUUAGCAAUAAAAAGGAAUGAAGUACAGGUAUCUACUACAACAUGAAUGAACCUUGAAAACGUGCUAAGUAAAAGAUGCCAGUCACAUAAAAGUACGUAUUGUAUAAUUCUAUUUAUAUUAAAUGUCCAGAAUAGACAAAUCUAGAGACAUAAAAUAGAUUAAUGGUAUCCUGGGGUUAAGGGAAAAUGGGGAGUGACUACUACUAAUGGGUAUGGUGUUUCCUUUGGGAAUAAAGAAAAUGUAAAAUUGACAGCUCUGAGUAUACCAAAAAGCAUUGAAUUGUGCACUUUAAAUAAAUGUAUUUUAUGUUACGUGAA